AUGGCCGCGCGCCUAAUUGGGCUGUACCUCUUUUUCAAUUUUUUUACCUUAUCCUUAACUUUUCGUUUUAGACUUGAUUUUUCGAUGGAUUUAUUACAUCCUCCUUUACAACCCCUCCAAAUUCACCCAAAUAUGAAUUCUGUGGAGGAACAUUUUAAAAACUUUUCGAGACGUGCUCAACGUAUUUGCCAUGAAAACGAAAGAAGCAAUCUUCUCGCAUUGAUGAGAUUAGUACUAAAUUCUCUUUUGGACGAUCAAAUUCGAGGCACUCGAAUAUUGGACUUGGUAGAAUCUCAAGUAAUUAGUGAUUUCUUCAUUAUAUUCGAAAAGUGCCUUUGGCAUGGGUUUAAAGUGCCAGCUUCUUCUCUUAUUGGCAGAAGAAAACUUCCAGAAACUGAGAUGUGGGAAUUUGUUGGUAUUGCAAGCAAAACGAAUAAAGAAAUGGAAGAUUUGUAUAAUAGUUUGGGUGGAAUGAGUACUUUAAGAUCAGUGUUAAGUAAAUAUAGAGGAUUUUGGCGAUUGGCUUUAAUGCAAAAAAGACUGGCGGAAUAUCUUUUAUGUCUCUAUGAGUGCCCAAAGAAAGACCAAUUCUACGAACCAUGGGCGCUAAUUAGAAGUGAAAGUUGCAGUUUUCUUUGUGGCGCUUUUCUAUCUCUAAAUGUUUUUGAUAGCAAUUUGCUUGUUGAGGAAGACGCACUUUUGGAACAAAUCAAUUCUUUCGAUUUAACUCCAUAUAUUCGGCUGCCGACUUUGCCUGGGCAUUUCCCCGAAGCUUUCGAUAACGAUAAAGACUGUUCGAUUACUACAGAAGAGGAAUAUACUGAUUUGAGGACUAUAUUGGAUCAAAAACAAUAUUUGGAAGAGAGGAAUAGACAAUUAAGUGCUAAUAUAGAACAACUAAAAAUUAAAGUAGACAAAUUUUCUAAUGGAUGUUCUACAAAAGAGACUUUACACAGAAACGAUUCUUCACUAAUUUUUACUGAACGUUUGAGGGACUUGGAACGUGAAAGGGACAUUCUGAGAGCAAGAUUGGCAGAAAAAGAGGACAGUUUAGCAAUUAGUCAAGACCAAUUAAAAGGCACUCGUCGUUUUACCGAAGAUUUGUACGAAAAAUUAAAAGCUUCAGAAUGUAAAAUAAAAAGAUUUCAAUCAGAUAUAGAAAAAAUGAAAGAAUUAAAUACUAAAGAGGUUAAAAAUUUAAAUGAAUUUUUAAUUUCUUUGGCAAAAAAUUUAAAAAAUGAGCAAAUGGAGGAAGAAGAAUGCUUCAAAUUGGAAUUUGUUAAAAUUACAAAAAUUUAUUCUGAAACAAUGGCUAUGCUUAAAAAUAAAAAUGAAGAGUUAAGUGCUGAAAGAGAAAGUUUAAAUUCAUUAAAAAGUGAAUGUAAUGAAUUAAAUGCUAAAAUUAAGGCUUUAACCAACAUUGAAAGUGAAUUGUUAGAAUUAAAAGAAGAUUAUAGAAAAUGUAAACAAGAAUUGAGUGAAUCAAAACAAGCAUUACAAGAAUUUAGUGAAGCUUUGAGUGAAUCAAAAUUACGUAUGGUUGAAUUAAAAGAAGAAAUUAUGCCUUUAAGUGAUGCAAAAUGGAUAAAAGAUAAAGAGGCUGUGCAGUGUAGACUUUGUGAUAUUCAAUUCUCGGUAAUUCAAAGAAGACAUCAUUGUAGGUAA